CCGUUCUUGUUGUUUCUAUCUAUACCAGCCUUACUGCUGCGCUUCUGCUUCCACCCGCGGCGGUCAACCACCUUGCCGCCGCCUCCUCGCGCUUGGCUGGCUGGCCCUCCUCCGUUGAUCGGUACUCCCCCCAAUUCAUGGCCUGCCGUUGAUUUCUCUGAGUUGCGGCAUGCUCUUGCGCUUUUCGUCCCUUCCCCACCGUUGAAACAGCUUCUGGCGCCAUACGAUUUGCGGAAAGAAGUGGCAGUCCUUACCUCUGCCUGGACGAGCUUUCUUCCCUGCUCUCCUCAUGCCGUUGUGGAAAUCCAAAUAUCUAUCGAGGAUUUGAGGAGGGUACGUUCUUGUCUCGAGCGCUCUUUCCUGAGCCGGUGCAUUUCCAGACGUUGA